AGAGAACGCUGGGCGUUCGAUGAUCAAUGUUUAAAGAUGGAAUGGGUCGGCGUUUAGUUUUUGUCGGGGAAGAAAUACGGCGUGAACACUUGUAAACGUUAGGUAUACGUCUUGUGAAGGAAAUGGAAGCGGGUAGGUUAGUGACAGUCAUUACUGUUAUUCCACUGGUAUUCUUGGCCGACAAUGGUCUUCAUAGUCUAGAAGUAAAUAUUUCUAUGGAGAAUGAAACUGUUCUCCAAUACAAGUCACCGUCGUUAAUGAAAGACGACAUUGGAAAGACUCAAACACUGUCUGCUACUCGAAAGAAACGAACCUAUGAUGUCAAUCACCAGAAAACAGCUAGUGACGCUAAUGGUAUUUGUAUCAGCCAUUUGUCACUUUUCAAAUCGAAGUCAAUGUCCAAACCAGAACCGAUUCACAAAGUCAUUGUGGCCGAUGAAGGAACACCAGUUUCACUGGCUUGUCACUUUUGUAAUGAUUCCAACACUGUAGUGUACAGUAGCAUCUUGUGGUACCAAAUUGCCAGAGCGGUUCCUGAAAAAAGCGGUCUCCCAGUUUCAGAGGUGACCACUGAUAUGAAGGACGACGAGAAGGAAAACCGUAUCAUCGUCACUCCGACUCACACCUUAAUUUUCAAAAGUAUAAAAGAAGUUGAUGCUGGCGGAUAUUUUUGCAUGGCACGGGAAAAUAUGACCACCCUCAUUGAAACCGGAUCCGUGACCCACAUUUCAAAUAUUUCAAACAUGCUAAGUAUUUUCUCCAACAUCAGUUUUUUUUACCACGUUGAUGUUUUACCAUCGUCAGAAGCCAUGGUUAAACGAGUGUCAUUAUACAACAAGGGCUACGAGAAGCCGAGUGAAGAGGAAAUUUCAAACAUCAACAAUCUACUCUUCUACACUGACUGGCAGGAUUGGACAAGAUGUAGUGUAUGCGGUUCUGUUGGAGAACGUCAGAGAUACGGAGUACGUAUGGUGUCUAAACUCAAUCAUCAUGUGGCUAGUAAACCCUGGUUUCUUGACAAAGUACUCAGCACCUAUACCCAGGGAGUACCGUGCCGUUCUACACUCCUGCGUGAAGUGAAAAAUAUUACUGCAAAACCAGAUGAGAUUGAAGUGGAAUUGUGUGAUACGACCUGUCACCGGCGCUGGAUUUACUCUGACGACAAUACUCAGAAAGCUAAAAUUACAAAUGAAAAAUGGCGUGAAAUUAGCGGUGAAGGUAAAUACAAAGUGGUGAGACGAAUUGCGAGAGGAGCUGUUGGAGAAAUGAUCAAGAUGGAUUGUCCAGGGACCAACCUAAACAGUUUGGUUUGGUGGAAGAAUGGUACUAAAACCUUAAACUACAUGGGAUUCGCUAAUUCAACAGAUACACGAGUACAGGUGAAACCAAAUGGUAACUUGAUUAUAAACGCUAUAGAACAAAGCGACCAGGGCAUAUAUUCCUGCUGGCUUCAUGGAAAGCUUAGAGCCGUCUAUAAAUUUAUUGUGCGACCACCGAUGGAACAGACAAGAGGUCUUCUCUACCAUCUUCCUUAUAUUGGAACUGUUCUUUCAUUCCAUUUCUGGGUUUUCGUAUCAUCUCUACUGUUUGGCUACACAAGGUACAAGAUUCAUCCUCCUACUGAUGACGAUGGCAACACUCACAUCAACCUCCAUCAUGGCCGUAACCAUCACGACGAUCGCCGCUGCUACGACUACGACGACCACUACGAACGCGAUACCAAGAUGACCGAUAAAGAAGAUGGCUACAACGGUGACACCGAUGACCCAGUCACUAAUUACAUUUCACGUAAUACUGGUGGUGGUGGUGGUGGUGUUGGCGGUGGUGGUGGUGGUGGUGGUGGUGGUGGUGUUGGGAGUAGUGCUAAUGAUAACACCUCUACUCCUGUUGCUACUACUUAUACAGGUGAGGCUAUGAAAUCCCUCAGCUUUAAUGAUGCCAUUGGUAACUUUAGGCGCAAUACUGAAUGGUUUAGGCCGCUAAAGUUUACUCAUGAUAAUAGUAAGAUGUCCACUUCUUUGAGUACUAAGCAGUCUAACAGUAGCAUUGGUUAUCUAAACUCGAAAAAAAAUCGGGCAGCGAUGACAGCCAACAAGAUGUCUCUUAGUAGUGAUUCUGAUUCGGAUACCAUAUAUCCUAGUCGUCGAUUCAAUGCCCAGCGGGAGCAACAGCCUCUAAUUAGAACAUAUCAUCUGUAUUAAGAUAAAGGCGGAGGUGGGGUGGCUUACAAUGAUCUGGUGGGUAAGUGUGCUGAUGUGGGAGGGUUUAGGAGAGAGAUGGGGGUGUUGGUUUGAAGUGUAGCUUGCUUUUAUUUCUAGGAACGUAUAGCGUUCAGUUAACGUUGGUUUGAAGUUACAGACAUCGCUCCAUGUUUGGUCAUGGUUUACGGGUGCGUGCGUGCGCCUGUGUGUGUGUAUGUGUCUGCAUGCGUCCAUAUACGUAUGUGUGUAUAUAUAGUU